AUGCAGAUGCAGGCGCAGAUGGUCAGGCUCCGACUACUUCACCCUCGUCUCUCCCUGUCUUCGGCUUCCGUGGCUGCUCGACAUUGGGCCUGGAGUAGGACGGCCCCCGCGAGAGCAGGACCAGGACGGCUACUCAGCACGCAGCAGAUACAGUCAUCUAGCAGCGAACCGUUCGUGCCGUUGCGGAAGCAGUUGAAGGACGAGUCCAAGGCGAAACGGCUGCAGGGAAAGGGCAGGAAGCGGUCGAGAGGCGCGAGGUCGCAGGUUGAAGGAUGGGAGCUGACGGUUGGCAUUGAGGUGCAUGCCCAGCUGGAUACGGACGCGAAGCUGUUUUCCCGAGCUUCUGCUGCUCAGGAGGAUGCGCCGAAUGCUAACGUCGCGCUGUUCGACCUCGCGUUUCCAGGCAGUCAGCCAUCCUUUCAGACGGCGACGUUGAUACCGGCGCUGCGGGCUGCGAUCGCGUUUGGGUGCGAGAUACAGAGCGUCAGUCACUUUGACCGGAAACACUACUUCUACCAGGACCAGCCGGCCGGAUACCAGAUUACGCAGUACUACGAACCGUAUGCAAAAGCAGGGACACUCUGGCUGUAUCCCCACGAUGGGAUAGCCCCCGAGGACGGCGAGGCAGUGCGAGUCGGGAUCAAGCAGAUACAGAUGGAACAGGACACGGCCAAGUCACAGGAACUACCUUCGCACGCGGUGCUGCUCGACUUCAACCGCGUCUCCCGCCCGCUGAUCGAGAUCAUCACGCUGCCGGAGAUACACUCGCCUGCCACGGCGGCUGCCUGCGUACGGAAGAUCCAGGCCAUCCUGCAGUCGUGCGGCGCGGUCAACACGGGCAUGGAGAUGGGCGGCCUGCGUGCGGACGUCAACGUAUCCGUUAGACGUACUGGAGAGACAAACACGGCAGAGCUCGGGCAGCGAACAGAGAUCAAGAACCUGAGCAGCUUCAAGGCGGUCGAGGACGCCAUCGUAGCGGAGCGGGACCGCCAGAUCGCGGUGCUGGAGGGCGGCGGGAAGGUCGAGGGCGAGACGCGCGGGUGGACGAUCGGGAGCAGCGAGACGCGGCGGCUGCGGGAGAAAGAAGGGUCGGUGGACUAUCGCUACAUGCCGGACCCAGACCUCGGGGCGGUGGUGGUGGGCGAGCAACUGGUCGCGACGCUGCGGACGAGCAUGCCGCCGUCGCCGGACGAGCUGCUGCAGAUGCUGACGGAGGAGGAGCAGUACGGGCUGACGAUGGAGGAUGCAAAGCCGCUGGUCGAGCUGGACGACUGUGCCCGGCUGGAGUACUAUCUCGACGCCGUCGACGCUUUACAUUCCCUCCAAAACACCACCACCACCACCAGCAACAGCAACAACGGCAGUGGAAAGACGGCGACAGGCAAGAUGGUGGGCAACUGGGUGCUGCACGAGCUCGGGGGCCUGUUCAGCCGGGCGGACGCAGCCUGGGACAGCGGGCGAGUGCCUCCCGCAAGCCUGGCAGCGAUCGUGCAGCUGGUCGGGACACGCCAGAUCACCGGCAGCACGGCCAAGUCGCUGCUGGCGGGCGUCUUUGCAGGCGAGCACGGCGGGCGGACGGUGCAGGAGGUGGUCGAGCAGGACGGCUUGCUGCUGCGGCCGCUGGCCCCGGAGGAGUACCUGGCGAUGGCGCGGACGGUGAUGGCCCAGCACCCGCAGCUGGUCGAGCAGGUCCGCCGGGGGCAGCAGGGCAAGGUCGGCUUCUUCGUCGGCCAGAUGAUGCGCAUGGGCGAGCAGGGCCGCGUCGAAGCCCAGCGCGCUGAGCAGGCUGUCCUCUCGUUGCUCUGA